AUGGUUGUACAUAUUCUAGGUAAGGGUUUCAAGGGAAAGGAAGUGAUAAAAAUUGCUUUGGCAUCCAAGUUUUAUGGUAUUGGUGAAAAGACUGCCGAAAGAGUUUGUUCCAAAUUGGGAUUUUAUCCAUGGAUGAGAAUGCAUCAGCUCACUGAACCUCAAGUGAUGAGUAUUACUAGUGAAUUAUCAAAUAUGACUAUAGAAGGUGAUGCUCGAGCCAUCGUUAAGGAAAGUAUUGCUCUCAAGAGACGUAUCGGUUCUUAUGAAGGUAUGAGACACGCAAUGAACCUCCCAGUCAGAGGUCAACGUACUAGGAAUAACGCCAAGACUGCAAGGAAAAUGAACCGCGUGGAUAGAAAGGGUUUCCAUACAUUCGCUUGCUCUCCACUAAAUGCACUAUUGAAUACCAUCAAUCCAAGCCUACGAAAGUAA